GAAGAGCUGAAGUAUUCCAAAGCCAUGAAGAUCUGGAUCGUACUACUGUUGGUUGCCGUUGUGGCAGCAGAGCAGAAACGAGAAGCGGAACCUUCAGGUUACGGAUACCGGACACCCCUAUAUAGACCCUCCUUCCACCCAAGCGUCUACAGCCCGUACGGUGUCGGUCUCCACCAGCCCUACCGUGCCUUAGGUGUAGCAAGGCACCCUUAUGGAGGCACUUCCUACGUUGGCCCCACCGUCCACCGGGGGAGGCGCGAAGCUGACCCGGGCUACGUUCUGGCCACUCCCUACCUCCGGACGCCAGCUCGUGUGUCCGGCUAUGAGACCCACGUCCAGCAUCCGGGCUUCGGGUUCUCUUACCAACGUCAACACCAGGUACACUACCCAGGCUACUACUACUACUAAGGCUAUCCGUACGCCUUUGAUUAUUACUGAAAAAUCGGACACACGAAUCGAAAUGAUCUAUUAGUUUAGGAUUUUCAAUAUCAAAUAAAUGCCAGAAAUUA